UUUUUUAUAUAACAAGCCAUAUGGGUAGAGACAGAGGAAUUCUUACCGCUUGCUUCGACAGAUGCAGCACACAGGCUGUUGGGUAAUGCAAUGUCAAAGGUAUCUGAAGAAUGAUAUGAGGGUUUAAAUCAACAGCCCUGGGCUAUGCAGGGGAACGUCUAGGCCCCAUGCAUACACAAAAGGACCAGUUCUAAAAAGAGCUGAAGACAACAUGAAAAACUCAUUAUGGACACAUAUUGAAGACCUGACUUGGAUAGCUGACAACAACAGAUAAUGUAGGCUAUAAUAAAGAUUUGGCUGCUUGUUAUUUCUCCCUAUUUACCAUUCCAAAGGCAUCAUGAUCUGUCCAUCUUUUUGAAAGUACAUAAUGUUCCUUUGGAAUACCUUAAUCAGGUCAGGAGAGAGUCAGCUCCAAAUAUUUUCAGAAUUAGUUAAAUGGUAAGGAAAAGUCUUGAUGACAUCCCCACCUAGUGGAAAAUUCUGUGAUAAACGUGUUAACUUUGUAUAUUACAUGAGUCAAUUAAGUAUCAUAAGUAAACAUGACAACGAUAAGUAAUUAGUACUCUAUUAUUAAAUAGCCUAAGUAUACCAUUCAUAUAAAUAUUAGCAACGGCUUUAUUGUCCAGUAUUGUAUUUUCAUUGCAAUAUCGUUUACACUCCAGGACACAGCAUGGCACUAGAGAGCACUGAACGUCCCGCAGCAAAAACAUGUAUUCAUGUAACUAACCUUAAACCUAUUUCUUCUGGUUAAGACAACGCUUUAUCGAUACUGUUACAAAAGAGGACAAGCCUGCACGAAUGCAUUGGUCCAUCACUUCAAAACUCUUUACAACCUUCUUUGCGAGUCAGAUUAGGAUGUUGGUGUUAUUUUUGUCGCAGAAAUGACCUGUGCAAAACACGUCUUAUGUCACAGAGCGGUUCCGCAGUGUAUAGAAGCGGUGCAACAAAAGUUGGGUUUGAGACCUGCGUGUUUCUCAGUCCAUAGAUGUUUCCAUGCUGAACAAAAAGGCAAUGAUUCCAGAGGACUUCCAAUCGUACACCAUCGCAAGUAUGUAUGUGAUCUCCCACCCAAUCACCGAUUUCCUAUGGGGAAAUUCCCCAAGGUGUUGGACUUCCUGCUUAAGGACCAAGUGAUUACAGAUAAACAGGUGUGUGUCCCUAAAAUAGCCUCCCAAGAACAACUGCGCUUGGUGCAUACAGAGGAAUACCUCAAUAACUUUAUAAAUGGAAACGUUGGAGAGAAAGAGCAAAGGAGGACGGGCUUUGCCUGGAGUGAGGGCAUAGUUCGACGCUGCAGAUAUGAAACAGGGGGCACGGUGCUAGCAGCAGAGCUAGCUCUGCAGAGAGGACUAGCAUGUAGCACAGCUGGAGGGACUCACCAUGCAUUCCCCAGCUUCGGCUCAGGGUUCUGCCUCAUCAAUGACCUGGCAGUAGCAGCCAGGUGUCUGAUGGGGGACUCCACACCCAGGAAGAAGAUUCUCAUUGUUGAUCUAGAUGUACAUCAGGGGGAUGGCACUGCUUUCAUAUUUGAGAAGGAACCUGAUGUCUUCACAUUCUCAGUGCAUUGUGGGAAGAACUUCCCAGUGCGUAAACAGCAGAGUGAUCUGGAUGUGAGUUUGGAGGAUGGCAUAGAGGAUAAAGAGUACCUCUCUACAGUGAAGACCCAUCUGCCAUGGGUGCUGGACAGGUUCCGUCCAGACCUGGUCCUGUACGAUGCUGGAGUAGACCCCCACUGGGACGACGAGCUGGGCAGGCUCCGGCUGACAGACCAAGGGUUGUAUCAGAGAGAUCUGUAUGUCAUGAAGACUGCCGUGAGCAAAGCUAUCCCUGUAGCCACUGUGAUAGGAGGGGGGUACUCCAGAGACCUUGCCAAGCUGGCCCUCAGACACUCUAUCGUCCACAGAGCUGCUACACAGAUAUGGAGAGAGCUGUGAUGUAACAUCUGUCUGGAGAUGGUCCAGAGAGAAAUCAACAAUAUGUAGAUAAAAGUAUUAGUUGAAAACUACCCACAGAAAAUACCAACCCAAUUUUAUUUUUAUUUUUUAUAAAUAAAAGGAUACAAUUACA